GAUUAAGAGCCAGAGAGGCAAUCUUCACACACACAGCCAGCCAGCAGACGGGGAUUAUCUCAUUCAGGGAGGUGUCGGCGUGCACCCUGACCCUACAAGAUGCCGAGAGAAAACACUCACUUCAUCUACGGCUACUCCAAGAAGGGGCGCCGCCACUCGUACAUCACCGCCGAAGAGGCCGCGGGGAUUGGCAUCCUGACAGUGAUCCUGGCAAUUUUGCUGCUCGUCGGCUGCUGGUAUUGCAGGAGACGAAGUGGAUACAGAACCUUGACGGAUAAAAGCCUUCAUGUCGGUAAACAAAGCGCCUUAACAAGAAGAUGCCCACGUGAAGGGCUUGGUCAUCAGGACAGCAAACUGUCUUUUCAAGAGAAAAAUUGUGAACUUGCGGUUCCCAACGCUCCACCUGUCUAUGAGAAACUCUCUGCAGAACAGUCCCCACCACCUUACUCACCGUAAGAGCCAGCAAGACACCUGAGAAAUGCUGAAACGACAUCCUUCACGCUUUUGCUUGAACUUAAUAUCUAGUGUUCUGCUUCGGAUGCUGUAGGAACAAUGUAUACCAUCUCUAAUAACAAGCCAAUGUUAAAUUCUUAGUAGGGCAACUAGCAGUACUAAUUAAGUGAGGAAAUGAUGAGAAAUAUUAAAAUGGGAAAACCUUUGUCAAUAAAUGUAAUGCAUGAUACUGUCUGUGCCAGUGGUGAUGCUAAUAAACCUAUGUUGUUAUUUUCUGAGGGACAGAAUUCAAGUGGGUCUUCGAGGACCAUCCAAUUUCUUUUUACUGGAAAUCUGGCCAAUAACGAACCAACUAUUCAGAUCUUUGAAGAUGCAACCUCUUGACUAACACGAACUGUUUACAGGAUUGUUGCAGCUGAGUUUGUGCUAUGGAGAGCUCACGAAGGAAGCUUGACAGGUUUAAGACAGAGCUUGUUGACCUAUUUAUCUGAUCAAGAAAAUGUCAGCAAUAUCUUUUUGUGUUCUAAGAUUUCAGGACACUACGAUAACAUACCAUAAAGUUCCUGCAUCUUAAGUAAGAAAUACUAUGCAGUCUAAUUAUAUUUCACUGCAAGGCUCAAUGCAAUCCUAAUUAAUGACAAAAAUUUUCUAGGCCAGGCAAGGUGGCUUACUCCUAUAAUCCUAGCGCUCUGGGAGGCUGAGGCAGGAG